GUACGUCUUUUUCUUCGAUCUCAUCUAUUAGACACUUUUCAACGAAGUAAUGCUCGCAUCGUGUUCAGUUAAAUACGUUCUAUCAUACAGAUCAGAUCACAAUGAAUUCUGGAGAGCGAAUUCAAAAUUGCUACCCCUGGGUAGAGGAAUGUUUUAUUGAAACUGACGAUUUUCAUGUACAGUGUCGAAAUUUAUCUUGCCAAUCAAGCAAAGGAAGAUUUAAAUACGUGGAGCUUAAAAAUGCUAAAUUUAAGAACCACAUACGUGACACGCAUCCAGAUUGGUAUAUGUAUGAAGAGAGAAUGGCGAAAAACAAAGACUGGAAAUAUUUUAGGCUAACAAUAGACAAAAAGAAAGCAUGUAUUUUAUGUGAUAUUGCCGGAAAGAAAUUUUCACAAAAUGAAAACUUAUCGGAACACCUAAAAAAUCAUUCAAAACUAGAACAAAAUUUAGGACGAAAUAAACAUGAAGCUUGGUAUUGGAAAUACUUGGAACAAACUGAAGAUUAUUCUGCUAAAUUACAAUGUAAAAUUUGCGGGGAAAAAAUUACAUAUGUCAAAUCUGAAAGCAUUGAGAUUCAUAUGCAGAAAGAACAUCCAUUAAUUGCCGAAGAGGAGAGACCUAAACAUGAGGCACGCAACAUAUACUGGCAACAUUUAAGGUUUACGGAUGCAUUAUUAUCAGGAAUACAAUGUAUGAAAUGUUUUCAACUUAUACGAAGUGACGAAGCAAAAAUUCAUGUACAGCAUCAUUUUACAGACGGUGUAGAACUAGGUACAAGAACACAUUGGACUUGUAAAUACGCAAGACAAAACGCAGAUAGUGUGACAUGUAAGAUUUGUGAAAAAACAUUAACCCUUUCGGCGAGAACUACUCAGUUAAAAAGGCAUAUACAUGAUUGUCAUAAUGAAGUUUUGAUGACAAUAGCCAAAGAAAACUUAUUAUGGAUUCAACUUAUAAGUGAACAAUGGAAGUGGUUGGAAAAAUAUUAUAUAAAUGUUGUAAAUUUUCGAGCAGAAUGUAAACUUUGCAAAUACAAAAUACCAUAUAUCAAGCAUGAACAAUUUAAGAAACACAUCCAAGAUAAUCAUUCUGUUGUUAAAAAUCUUGAAGAUGCAAAAGAAACAAAUUUUGCAACAAAUCUGAAUAUUUCGAAAGCUCAGUGGGAUUAUAAAAUAUAUUUACAUGAUACAACAUUAAAAAAAUCAAACAUAGGAUGCAUGAUAUGUAACAACAAACUACUUAAUCAUAAUCACACAAGUCAUGUAAUCACAAAUCAUGAUCCACAUGAGCUGCUAUUCGAUUCUCAUUGGGCACUUAAAUACGCGAUACAGAAUGGACAAGUUGCAAGUUGUGUUCUAUGUAAAGAUGAAGUAAACUUUAAAUGGGCCCCGGAAAAUUUAGAAAACCACAUGACAUCUGUACAUCCAGAGAAACGGAAACAAAUACGUCAAAUAGAUUUGGUACAAGGAACAGUACACGACCAAGCUACACCGUCGACAAGCUACGCAAGUUGAAAGAAAAACGAUCAUUUAUCUACAUUGGACAAUGGAAAUGAUGGUAGCGACGUUUUCAAGUAGCAUCUCAUGACCAGCGAUAACGACAGUCUUGACUUGGACCUGAGUGAUUUGAACUACAUGAAGACAUUAACGUAUAAUUUGACUUAUUUGUCGCAUAUCGGUUUUGUGUUUAUAAAUAUAUAAGAUUGGUAAAUUUAAAUACAUAUAUAUUUAUAAAUUUAUAAUUGAACAAAAUUGUUUAAAUUUAUAUA